GACGUCACUUCCGGAUUUAAUGACAGUGCUCGAGAAAAAAAACAUCUCGUAGACAUUUAUUUAAUCUUAAUAGCUACCCAAAACCCCCCCCCACACACUCACACACACACAAAAAACACCGGUAUACUUGAGUAAAACCAUCCAUGUCAAGGCACAAAGGGGACUGUCGAAGUGUUGUGCUGCCUGUGUGUACAAAUAGGAGCACAGGAGCCUUUUUGCCAACGUACCGUGAAUUGGUCCAUCAGGCUCAGUGACAACAGCAUAAGACCCUGGCACCAUUGUGUGCCAGUCCAUUCUGAGACCCAGGGACUUUAGAAUUCAGAAGAUGAAUGGUCUGUCCAUACGAGAGCUAUGCUGCCUUUUCUGCUGCCCUCCGUGCCCCAGCCGCAUUGCAGCCAAAUUAGCUUUCCUGCCACCGGAGCCCACAUACAUCCUCCUUCCCGACCCAGAUCCUGCAUCUGGAGCUGGAACAGCAUCUGGGUCCAGCACCGGGGGCACCCUCCCUUCUCUAGGUGCUCCUGGGCUACGUUCCCGGUUGAGUGCAGGUAGUGGUGGUGACAGAGGAGGCGGUGGAGGCACCAGUGGCGGAGGAGGUGGAAGUUCCGGGGCUGGGGCUGGAUGUGAGAGCAGGUGGAAGCUGCAUCUCACGGAGAGAGCAGAGUUUCAGUAUUCUCAGAGAGAGCUGGAUGUAACCGAUGUGUUCAUGACCAGAUCCAGCCGAGGGAACAAGGUUGGGUGCAUGUACAUACGCUGUGCCCCUAAUGCCAGGUUCACCGUGUUGUUCUCUCACGGCAACGCAGUCGACCUCGGUCAGAUGAGCAGCUUCUACAUUGGCUUGGGCACGCGCAUCAACUGCAACAUAUUCUCUUACGAUUACUCAGGCUACGGGGUUAGCACCGGCAAGCCGUCGGAGAAGAACCUUUAUGCUGACAUUGAUGCCGCCUGGCAUGCCUUGCGGUCUCGGUACGGCAUCAGCCCUGAGAACAUCAUCCUGUACGGACAGAGCAUCGGCACGGUGCCCACAGUGGACUUGGCGUCACGCUUUGAGUGUGCUGCCGUUGUUCUUCACUCUCCUCUCACCUCCGGCAUGAGAGUGGCCUUCCCCGACACCAAGAAAACCUAUUGCUUCGAUGCCUUCCCCAACAUUGAAAAGGUGUCAAAGAUCCCAUCUCCAGUGCUCAUCAUCCACGGUACGGAGGAUGAGGUCAUCGACUUCUCCCACGGCCUUGCCCUGUUCGAGCGCUGUCCGAAGGCCGUGGAGCCCCUCUGGGUGGAGGGCGCCGGGCACAACGACAUUGAGCUUUACAGUCAGUACCUUGAGCGGCUACGGCGCUUCAUCAACCAGGACCUGGCUGCACAGCACGCCUGAGGAUUGGAACAACAGCCUCUCUGCCUCCGCGCGCAUGUGUGUGAGUGAGAGAUGAUGAAAGUGUGAGAAAAGUGUGGCUCAGACAUACACUAUCUGUGUGUCUUUUAUACGUCACGUUACUUUUUAAAACAAUUGCAUUAAAAUAACUUUAAGAUUUGAGCAUUUUUAAAAAGUCAUUGCGUGUAUUUAUCUUUUGUGUGUUUGUAAUGUGGCGAAGUUCAGUUGUGCUUCGCACCUCAAAAUGAAUACAAUUAAUUAAAAGCUCUUCUUAAAAAAAAACAAAAAAAAAAAGUAACAACUUUUUGUUUUCCAAAAAGGCACACAGAUGUCAUUUAAAAGUGAAUGAAUGAUUGUGGUCCUGGAUGUAAAAUCUUGAGUUAAUGUUCAUAUCAUGGACCUGUGUGUGUGUGUGCGCGCAUGUGUGAGAGGCAGCUUUGGGGGAGAGAAAAAAAUGAAGGACAUCCUUUUGACUUGGCAAGUGGGGGGAAAAGUUUUUGUGAUUUAUCAAGUUUUUUUGUCUUAUUUGUGUGUGUAUGAAGAAUACCUCCACAGUUUGACCAGCUCUUUUUAGUGGACAACAUGACACUGGUCAGACCUCCACUCUGUUUAUCUGUCAGUGGAUAUGCAACUGACUGCCAGAUAGUAACUCACCACUUCGCACCCUCCAAAAACUGGCAAUUUCUUUCCUGUUUCCUGCCGUAGCUUUUGCCUUUUUACUCUUAGCUGCUCCUCCUGACAGGGAUUGUCAUUUGUCCCCGUGUUGCUUUUAUCCCACAAGCAAGUGAGCUGCCUGGAAUGUAUGUGAGGUUCCAUCCCCCAUGGACGACUACUCCAUACAUGUGAAUGUUUUAGCAAUACUCAAAUAUGCUCUAAACAGUAAAAAGGGGAGAAGUCUUUAAGUUGAAGUAAACGUACAGUAGAGCUGUGCCCUCAUGGGAGCCACUAAAGGUGAAGCUUGUAUCAUUUAGUGCAAAGGUGAAUAACACUUUCGCUCAUCGUCCUCCACGUUUGUGUCCCGAUGGAAGGAAUCGCAACAGUUCAGUUGUUGGGGCUAUAGAGCUCUGGACUACAGUGGAAUCUCCAAAGUCGAACAUGAUCUGUUCCUUGAGUUCCAAGUUGUUCUAAUUUUACAACUUUUCCCAUAAGUAUUGCUUUACGAUUCACAGGCCAAAACACUGUCUAAUAUAAAAGUAUUUCUUUGGCGCCAUCUUGUGGCAUCUUGGUGCAAAGAAACUAUGUUAAAGUGGGUUGAGGAGGUUCAAACUCAUUUUUGUCACGGGCCAUAUUGUAGUUACGGUUUCCCUCAGAGGGGCAUUAUGACUGUGAAACGAUAAAAAUCUUUAAUCACCUCAACAUAUUUACACACAAAAUUUAUGAACUAGUUUUGGAAUCAGAAAUCAAGGGUAAUUGGUUUUUCAACUAUUGUUCAUGUUUGGUAAAGCAAAAAUGCUUGCUGUAUCUCAACAUUAUGAUUUAUGAUAUAUGACUAUUUGAAAUUUCGGCGCAGAUUUGAACAAGAAUCAUGGAAGUUGACACAUGAUUCGCCUUCGCGGGCCACAAAAAAUCAAGUGGCGGGCCGGAUCUGGCUCCCGGGCCUUGAGUUUGACACCUGUGUUGUAGAGCUUUGCUGCCAUAUUUUGGUAUCUUGGUGUCAUGGAACUCCAUGUAUGUGGAAGUCAGUUGAGGAGUUUCAUUUAGUGCUUUGCCCGCAUCUUUAGGCAGUUUUAACUUUUUUAGAGAGAGUAAGGAUCACUCCAGAUUUCCGCUGGUCACAGCAGGACUCGAUCGCUAUCCCCCGCUACUGUAAUGUCAAAUGGAUACAUUUCAGUGAAUUUAAAAAGUCUACACACCUCUGUUCAAAUGCUAGGUUUUUGUAAUUUAAGAAAAUGAGAAAAUCAUUUCAAAACCUUUUCCACCAUUGUGAGCUGUAACCUGUACAACUCAACUGAGGGAAAAAAAAAAAAAAAAAUAUAUAUAUAUCUUUUUGGGAAGGCAACUAAAAAUAAACAACUGUAAUAAUGUGAUUGCACAAGUGUGCACGCCCUCUUAUAAGUGGGUAUGUGGCUCUGUUCAGAAUUUACCAAUCACAUCCGAACUCUCGUUCGAUAGGAGGCAACACACACCUGCCACAAUUUAAAGUACCUCUGGUUAACCACAAAUAAAGUUCAGAUGCUUAGUAUGCUUUUCCUGAUGCUGUGGAAGAUCUCUGUGAACCACGGCUUGAGUUGUCAACAAAAAUGUCAGGAGAAGCCUACUUGAACAUCUGACAUUUUGGAGGUUAAUCAGAGGCAUUAAAUGGUAGCAAUUGUGUGCUAACUCCUAUCUAACAUAAAUUCAAAUGUGAUUGAUUAAUUGUGAACCCAGCCACAUCCCCAGUUAUAACCGCUCGUAGCUGAGGAUGUGCGCAUUUGUACAACCAGUUUAUUUUUACACCCCCUCUUGAAUUGUUUUGUUUUCCCAAUUGUACAGGUUAUAGGUCUGAUUAACGGUGGAAAAAGUUUUGAAAUGAAUAAGCUUGGUCUCUUUUUACAUCACAAAACCUGGCAUUUGAAUUUGGGUGUGUCGACAUUUUAUAUCCACUUAGUUCUAGGUUAAAACUAUCGCCACUAUAAACUAACUGUACGUGCAACAUUUUAACAUAACUGUCUUAAGUACAAAGAGAAGUUAACCACUAUAUAAUGCAACUAAAAUAAAGUAAAACUACUCACCCUGACUGACAAGAGUGAGGUCACAGUUGGUCAUUAUACGUUUGAGUCUUUGCAAUCGCUGGUCCCACAAAAAAAAAAAAAAACACAGCGUUUACCACAUGUGAUGAAUUGAGGUUUGACGCAUAUUUCCCCUGCCCUCCCAAAUUUUUGGUUGUGCUUCAAAUGAACUUUGGGGGUUCCACCGUGUUGUUGUUUGGCCCUCCCAGCAUCAUUUUCAGAUUUUUGCCAACCUGAGUGGCUCUCACAUAGAGGGGCCCACUACUUUCUGUCUGACCCAACCAUGCAUUACCUUCUCACUCGAGUGUGGUGCCGGUUCCACCACACACACACACACACACACACACACACACACAUAUAUCUUUGCACAUCAAUACUCAUGUACUGUACUAAAACAGUAUACACACAUUUAUGAUAUAUCUAUCAGAUCAAGCAUGAAACAAGCAGGUCUUAAGUUCAGCACUAUUGUAAGAAGGGUAUAAAAUGUAAAAGUUUGUGUGUCGUUAAUGUUUUCAGUAGGCCAGGUGUCUGGCUUCCUGUUAUAGAAAAAACCCGUAGGACCAGUUGGUACACCUGAACGAGUUCAUGGCAUGGAUCACGUGAGACGGAGCUCUGUUUUUUUUUUUCUUUCUUUUUUCUUCUUCCUCCCUCUUUUGGGUAUUUGUGACAGCGCUGUUGGGAUGCCUCAUCCUUGUCUGCGUUUGCUUAGUGUGUGUGCUAUUGAAAUCUAUGGAGAUCUGUUACCACCUUAAACCAGGGAUCUGCCACGUGUUCAUAAGCUGUCAACUUUUUUGUCAGCAUUAGAAGUUCAGAGGCUUCCUUUACCCCCCGCGGACAAGUAGUUUUUUCAGGGAUUCAUCUCGCAUGGGUUUUUGGGUGUAAACUUAACCGUUUUUAUGCACCACUAUGGUUGAUGUUUCUUGUUUCCUGGGCCCUUAACAUUUAUUGAAAGGGGAGUGGGGGCUUGAACAGUGAAAACUGUAUGCAUGUCUAUUGUGUUUUGCUGAGCAAGUGAUGGGGUGUUAUGUUCUCUACUAUGUAUUCUAUAUGAGGGCAAAGCUGAACCAAUGGCAUUGGACCUGUGAAGCGCUUUAAAAGACAAAAAGAACAGGACAUUUAUUCGAUUAUUUUUUUUUAUUAUUAUUAUUUUUUUUUAAAUCGCUGAUACAAACUAAUGUAUGUUAAGUUUUUUCCUGGGGGUCAAGCGGGUAGGUGGGUGGGGGGUUUACUUGAACAAUACUAGUGGACUGUUUAUACUGUAUGGUUACUGUACUUACCUAUUCUAUUCUUUGUAUUAUGAUUUGUAAUUUCAUGUUGCUUUUUUGAACUGAGACUAUGAUGUAAUGGAAUUAAUACAUGGGACUGAAUCUUGACCUUUUUAUGGAUAACAAAAUAAAAGAUGUCUUCUGUA